AGGGAUUUGGUGCACACAUGAGUUGUUUAAAAGGCCAUGGAAGAACACGACCAGGUAGGAUUUGUUUCUCAUCACUCCAUCAGCAACAUCAAAAGCACAAGAUCUUCGCAUCAAAGCAUCCACUCGCAACAACAAGCAUCUCUACUACUCAAUCAACCAAUCACUACGCAUCCCAACAACAACCAAACAAACCCUCUCAUAUCAAAAUGAACGCCGCAAGACAAAUCAUCUCUCGCCGGGCUAUGUCCCUCACCCCCAGACUUGGCACAUCUGCCCGCUUUGCCUCAACACACGCACAUCCUUCAAUGUCCAAGCACGACCAAGGUGUGAUGAGAAGUAUUUUCACUGCCGCAACAGUGGCCACCGCUUCCGGUGUUGCAUACGCAGCAGCAAGAUCAGGUGGCAGAGUAGGCGGCCGCUACGCACAAAAGAACUCGAGUCUGGACAGCUCCAAAUGGUUCAUGGAAGGUGCCGAAGGCAGCAAGAUCUUUGGCAAGAACUAGAGGAGGAUGACUGGACUUGAAGAGUUUACCACCAUUCCGGCGUUGAUUGGACCCCCCAGUGAGGGCUACCAUACAUAUCCGCCAGGAGGCCCCAGGUAUUGGGUGCCACGAAUUUCAUCAUGUCAUUUUAUGAGCGUUGGCCCUGGAAUCGGGAAGGCAAGGAAUGGAGUUUGUGGUGUGGCACAUAUGCCAGGAUUUGUCAUUGCGGAUUCUUGUCUGGACCGCUUCAAUAGUACAUAUUGAUCCAGGGUAUCUUUGAACAUUGAGAACAAAUUAUCCCAAAACACCAUGCUUUUGCUCAAGAGUCAUAACAU